GGCUGGGCUGGGCUCGGCUCGGCUCGGCUCCUCUUCUUUAAAACACUCUAAGUUUGACUUCUUAUCCGAAUUAUCCGUUCCACCUUAAAUGGUCCAGCAGUUACAAGUAAUCAGUGCUGGACGAAGCACACAAACCAGAGGAGCCUCAUCUGAGGCACGUGGAGCUGGAUGUGCUGAUCCCGAAGAAGAUGAGGGAAAAAGCUCGGGAGCUCUGUUCUCAGCAGGUACAAGCGUUCAGCACGUGCUGUAAGGAGAGCGGCUUCCUGAUGGUGCUGAAGUGCAGAGAGGAGAACGCCGCGCUGAAGGACUGUCUGACCAAACACUAUAAGGACCCGGAGUUCUUUGAGGAGUGUAAACAGGAGUAUAUCAGGGAGAAGCUGGAAUACGAGAGGACUGGAACUCCCUCCAAAAAAAGGAAGGAGAAAUUGCCCACCAGCAUGUAAAGAGCCGGAGGCUCCUGAUUAAAGCCGAGCGCAGACGCACGCCUGGCCGCUCAGAGCGGAGCUGCAUUAUAAUACAGACUCUGCGCUGCCACCACGUUGAUAUUCAUGAUGGCCUCAUAUAAAUCUUCACUAGCACCUAAAGCCUGAUCAAAAUUCAUAGAGGAUUUUUCUUUUUUUGUUUUUGAAUCACAGCAGAGGCUGAUGGUGUAUUUCUCUCCUCGAGGGAAUUGCACUCCCUCUUUUUCCUUUUUUUA